AUGAAGAAAAAGAAAUAUUAUAUGAAUAUCACAAAGCAAACUGGUUUUGUAUAUUGCCCCUCUGGAUGGAUAAUGUUAGGAAAUAGUUGCUAUUUUUAUGAAAACACCAGGAUAUUAGGUUGGGAUAAUGCAACGGAAUACUGUAUCUCUCAAGGAGGGUAUCUGGGGGAAGUAACAGAUGAAGCAGAAUUUCAGCUGGUUGAUUCAUUAAUAACAGGAGACGUGCAUAUUGGAUGUAGACUUAAUAAUGGGAAAUGGCAAUGGAUAACAUCUGGAAGAGAGUUGCUGCUGAAUGAUACACUCUGGACCCCUGGUGAACCGAAUACAAAUGGAUCGGAAUGCGUUCAAAUAUGGAAAGGGACAAAACUUGAUGAUGUUUUAUGUCACGAGCUAAGAAAUGUCCUCUGUGAAAAAGUAAGCAAAUUUAUAUUUGAACUAUACAACUUGUAA